GGGUCCUAUCCUAUCGUAAAAUAUCAUAAUAUUUCCUUGUUCCGCAUUGCAAGACCUCCCAAUAUUGCACUAUAUAAAGUGACGGUCGUAUGUACUUUAAUCAGCUGGAAAGAAGAAAGAAAUCCGUGUCGCAAAACUGAAAAAAGGUAAUCCUCAACCAUGUUGGAAGUGAAAAUGCUUGCAGUACUUUUAAUGACGAUCGUCGUCUUGGAUGCGUUAAUAUUCACACCAACAAAAACUAAAUGCGAAGUUGUUGACGCUCUUCGUAAAGCGGGUGCUCGAGAAGAAGAUUUAAGAAAUUGGGUGUGUUUGGUAGAGCAGGAAAGUGGAUAUCAGUACAAUUUGCGACAUUAUAAUGACUCUGGUAUAUUCCAACUAAAUGAUAUUUGGUGUGACAGACCAUCCGGGUAUUUUGGUACGACGUGCUGGAUGUUAAACACAUAUGGAUGCAGUGACACGUGCAGCAGUUUACUGAAUGAAGACAUCUCAAAUGACGCCUACUGCGCUGUGAGGAUCAAGCAAUGUAAAGGAUUUAGCGAAUGGGCCAGAUGGACGAACUAUUGCGGGGACUUAACCAGUGCAAGAUAUGACUAUAGCGAAUGUUGAAAAAUAUUCAACUGUGUGUAUCACCUUUUUACGGGACGGAACAAACAUGUGCCAUAUUUGUAUUAUUAAAGAGACUAUCAAUUUAGAACCUUAUUGUGUCGUAAUUUAAAGUUUACUGAUUAAAGAAAGGAAAGUUUGUAUGUUAAAGUUAUCUAAGAGAGAAAAAAAAACAGUAUUUUUUUAAUAAAAAAAUUGCAAGAAAAAUGUUUCGACAAAUUGGCGGCCAUAUUGAAUUUCUGUACUUUUGCCCGGGCUGAGUAACUUAUGAAAUGGGUUUUUAGAAACCACAAACAAUAUGCUUUGUGAUGGCAAUGUUAUUGUUUGUGAUACAGUAAAUUGCAAUAAAACCCCGACUUA